AUGGCGACGAAAGGAAGCGGCUUGAAAUCGACGUCCAUAAAUGGGGUGAAGAUGUAUAUGGUUUCUUCACAGCAACGCAAUCCCGCUUCUUGGGUUGGCUUCAAAAAGCAACGCCCUCCUCACAAAGAUAAAAAUUAUCAGCAAAAGAUAGAGUUGCUUCAAGAUUUAACGUUCCCAACUGCUACGAGUAGAGUUAAAGUGACCCCAGAUGGAGAAUUUCUUAUUGCAUCGGGAAUAUACCCACCGCAGAUCAAAGUGUAUGAGUUAAGAGAGUUUGCAUUGAAGUUUGAAAGACACUUUACUUCUGAGAUAAUUGAUUUUCAGAUAUUGGAUGAUGACUAUUCAAAGCUUGCAUUUUUAUGUGCUGAUCGUUCUGUUUGCCUACAUGCAAAAUAUGGGAAACACUACACUUUGCGAAUCCCAAGCAAGCUUCAUGGACUUGUUGCUUGUGGUGGUGAUGAUGGUGCUGUCGAAUGUUUUGACAUGAGAACAAAAUCUUCUGUUGGUCGAAUUAAUGCUGUUGAGCAUGGAGGUGAUAUUAACGAGGAGGUCACUGCAUUAAAGUUUGAUGAGGAUGGGGGUUUCACCAUGGCUGUUGGAAGCAGUGGUGGAAAGACAUUGUAUUGUAUUUUAUUUGUUGAGAUUACAUUAAGAAAGGUGAGUGUAUUGGUGCUGCUCUAUGACUUGCGAUCCUCACAUCCCUUGCGAGUGAAGGAUCAUAUGUAUGGCAGCGCGAUAUUGGACAUCAAGUGGCAUCGUACUCUCAAUUCUGAAAGACAGAAGCUUAUCACCACAGAUAAACAUGUCGUUAGAAUAUGGGACCCUGAGACGAGAGAUGGCAUGACAAGCAUUGAACCUACUGCUGGGACCAUAAAUGAUAUAUGUGUGUUCAGUAACAGUGGCUUGAUGUUCCUGGCUUUGGACUGCAGCCAGAUACCAUCUUACUUCAUACCGUCUUUGGGACCUGCUCCAAAGUGGUUGCCUAGUAUUGAAAAUCUAACGGAAGAGAUGGAGGAAGAAGCUCAAACAACCAUAUAUGAUAAUUUCAAGUUUUUGACUAAAGAAGAUCUUGAGAAAUUGAACUUAACAAAACUAAUUGGCACCGAUCUUCUAAGAGCCUCCAUGCAUGGUUUCUUUAUUGAUUAUAAAUUAUAUAAGAAGGCAAAACAAUACACGGAACCUUUUGAAUAUGAAACUUACAGAGAGCAGCACAAACAAAAGAAAUUGGAAGAACAAUUUGCCUCUCGGAUUACGAUUCCGAAAAAAUUGCCGAAGGUUAAUCGCAAACUUGCAGCCAGUAUCAUUGAAAAAGAAGCUGAAAAUGAACAGAAUGAUGCUGAUAAAAAUGAGACCAAGAAAGCAUCAAAGAAAAAGAAAGGACUUGGCCAUGAGAUUUUGGAAGAUGAUAGAUUUAAAGCACUGUUUGAAGAUAAGGACUUUGAAAUUGAUGAGCAUUCAGCAGAGUAUUUGGCUUUACAUCCUAUGGCUUCCACGAAGCAACCUUCUUUGGUGGAGGAGCAUUUUGAACCUCUGAUGGAGGAUGAAGAUCAGAAUUUGAGUGAUUCUGAUGCCUUGGCAGCAUCUCAGUCAUCUGGAGAUGAACAUAGCAAUGAAAAUAGAAAAGUGAAAAAGAAACCAAGAUUAUAUGAAGUAAAGGAUGCGAGGCAUGCUGAGGCUUUCUGGAACCGCGUAUCACUUGCAGAUGAGGACUCUCUUCCUCUUGGAGAGAGAGCAGCAGUUCUUGGAAAUAACCUGCAGACCUCUGCCAGAAAUAACAUAAAGUUUGGACCAGGAGGAUCUCGUGAAAUUUCCUUCGCUACACGAAGCUCAGCUACAUACAAAGAGGAUGGGGAUGACAAAGAAGAACGUCGUGAUAAGAGGAGGGGAAUACAAUCAUUGGGGCUGAAGUCAGCCAGAUCAGGGUUCAGAGGCAAUAGAAGAGGAGGGAGUAGGGGGAGGGGUAGAAGAGGAGGCCGGCACUGA